AUGGUGAGUGGUGGCGAUAGUAGUUCAGCGAGUAAAUCGGAUCGGGAAACAUCGGACAACGAUGAAACAACAAAUGAAAUUCCCAGUAACUUGCGGAAAGCCGCCAAGUAUAUAGAUGAUCAAAUGGAGGCCGCCAAAACGGCAGCUCAAAUUGCUGCCAAUAUUCAAGGCACCGAGGCAGAUGGCAAGAAUAAGUUGCUUAAAUUUGCUAUAUUCGAACGCCUGUGGAGUGAGGAGGUUGUCCGCAAGAAAUUACAAGAGGAAAUUGAGUUGCUCGAGGCAAAGCAACAACCACAAGAAAUUAUUGAUCCAACACCGGAACAAGUUGAGGCUGAAAGUAUGUAUGAAAAUGCCAUGGAAAUGUUAUCCAAACCCAAUUCGGAUAAACGUGUUGCCUUUACACUGAUACGCAAAGCUGCCGAAAUGAAACAUAGUAAAGCUCGCGCCGAAUUAGCAUGGGCCAAAGUGUUGGGCCACUAUAUGGAUUUUGAUUUUGAAUAUGCAGCAAACGAGUUUGAUGAAUUGGCUAAGGAAGGUUUGCCCGAAGCAAAUAUGGGCCUUGCUUUCCUUUAUUCCGUUGGUGUGGGUGGCAAAAAUGUCAGUCAACCAUUGGCCCUGAUUCAUCUAACCUUGGCGGCAUUGGGUGAUCAUACAUAUGCUCAAAUGGCAUUAGGCUAUCGUUAUUCAUUUGGCAUUAAUGUACCAGCUAGCUGUGAAAAGUCACUAACCUACUACAAAAAAGUCGCUAAAAAGGUGGCACAAAAAGUAACAUUUUCCAGUGGUCCUUUGGUACAUCGUGUCCGACUAUUGGAUGAAUUGGAAAAUCCAGGCAGUCAAGAAACAGAAAUUGUUGACUAUUAUCAAUUAUUGGCCGAUAAGGGAGAUGUCCAGUCACAAGUUGGUUUGGGUCAAUUGUACUAUCAGGGUGGCAAAGCCAUACAGCAAGAUCAUCAAAAGGCAUUGGAAUAUUUUACGCUGGCUGCCAAUGCCGGUAAUGCCAUUGGUUACGCCUUUUUGGGUAAACUCUAUUUGGAAGGCAGCGAACAUAUCAAAGCGGACAAUGAAACUGCAUUUAAGUAUUUCUCCAAGGCUGCCAAUUUAGGUGACCCAGUGGGCCAAAGCGGCUUGGGUUUAAUGUAUCUUAAAGGUUUGGGUGUACCUAAAGAUCCAUUAAAGGCUUUAAACUAUUUCACCAUGGCAGCUGAUCAAGGCUGGGUCGAUGGUCAAUUGAUGUUGGGAAAUAUGUAUUUCACUGGUAAUGGUGUUAAGGCUGACUUCAAACUGGCCCUUAAGUAUUUCAAUUUGGCCUCUCAAUCCGGCCAUGUUUUGGCGUAUUACAACUUAGGUUUUAUGCAUGCUUAUGGUAUUGGUAUGCUGCGUUCUUGUCCAGCUGCUGUAGAGUUCUUCAAAAAUGUUGCUGAGCGCGGCCGUUGGAGCACAAAUCUGAUGCAUGCCUAUUCGGAUUAUAAAAAUUAUCGCAUCAAUGAAGCCUAUAUGCAAUAUGCCCUAUUGGCAGAAUUAGGUUAUGAAGUUGCUCAAUCAAAUGCUGCCUUCCUUUUGGAUCGUGGUGAUGUUUCCAUAUUCCAUGAUCGCAAUGAAGAGUUAAUUAGAGCAUUUUACUAUUGGAAGCGUGCGGCAUCACAGGGCUAUUCGGCGGCACAAGUUAAAUUGGGCGAUUAUUACUAUUAUGGCUGGGGCACAAAUGUUGAUUUCGAAACAGCGGCCGCUUUAUAUCGCAAGGCAUCGGAACAACAAUAUAACGCACAAGCAAUGUUUAAUUUAGGUUAUAUGCACGAAAAAGGUCUGGGCAUGAAAAAGGAUUGGCAUUUGGCAAAACGUUUGUAUGACUUGGCUGCCGUAACAAAUGCUGAUGCUAAAGUUCCAGUGGCAAUAGCGCUGUUGAAGUUGCAGCUGUUGGCCAAAAUUGAAUCGAUAAAAGAGUCACCCUAUAAAUUCAUCUUUUACUUGGACGAAAAUAUUGCUGCCAAUUGGGAUUUGUAUAUGAUUACGAUAUUAACGCUGUUGCUUGGUUUCAUAAUGUAUACACGGCGAACCCAUGAACAACGUCAACAAAAUCAGGGCGACAAUAAUCAAGUUCAAGCGCCAGAUAAUGUUAAUCCAAUUAAUAAUGAUAAUGUUGUGCCAAAUGGUAGUGGUGGUGCAAAUGACAGCAAUGACAUCGCAGCUACUGCACCAUCCUCAACAACAACAACGACUGCAACAGCAACGGGUACAGUCAGCAGCUCAACAACAUCAGCGACAAGUUCUCCAACAUUGAAUACGACGACAACAACAAAUUCGACAUCCAUAUCCACAGCGGCGUCGUCUUCAACGACGAGCACAACGACAACUAACAACACAUCUCCAAAACCAGCAUCAACAUUACCCUCAGCUGCUUCGAACUCCACCGCUGAUCCCACGGAGUAA